CCGCAGAUUGCACCAGGGAAAUCCAACUGGAACGAAUCUUUCGGUGCAAGAGUCGAAAUGGCCAUGAAUUUCGCCUUCUCUGACUCGGGGUACGCCUCUGCACCACAAGAUGCAUGUCGAAUCCGUCAAAGCCAAGAGGCGGUUCACGAUAGCCCGAUGACGGAAAAUGCUAAAGAUGACCCUGCAGAGGUUGGUUCUGGGGGCGGCAUUGAUAACGGUGUCGGGCCUGAUAUUUGCAAGAGCAUUUAUUCAGAUGCGACAACUGCUACAAUAUCGACCAAAGAACGUUAUAUUGCUGAAUUAGUCGAUGAUUUGGCAGACAACAUCUUGGUCGGCCGAGCCCGUGACGACGUUUCUGUGGACCAAAUAUGCGUUAUUCUGCCUCGACUCCUGAAGGCAUUUGCGAGGAGCGUCGGAUACUUGGGAGAGUCUCAAAAUGCGAGAGCUGUGAUGGUAUUUGUGAGCAAGCAUAGAGAAAUCAUUGCUACUCGGCUAAGAGAGCACUUUGAAGUUCAGGAUAUGAGAAGCCAAGUACGGGAUCCGCCUUCCAAUGAGAAAGUUACACUAUGGAUGCUCGGAGAAGAUCCCCCAGAAGAACCGGGUGAUCAUAUUCCCCAGGCAGCCGCUCCUAUAGCCGUGGAAGAUCUGGAAGACACAUAUGAAGUCAUUAAAGAACCCCGAGGUCCUGGAAUCGAAGUAAAUGGGUCCCGGUCACCCCAGGAGACAUUCUUUGGCGUCAAAGAUUUCGACGAACAGGAUUCGAACGAGGAGGAUGAGCCAGUGAAACUCCCAUCAUAUCGAGGCUGUGUGGCAGGAAGCUCCGCAUAUCAAUGGCUCCUAUCACGAAUACGCCGGAACAUCGCGGUUUCAUGGCCAUAUCCGAACAUCAUGCGGAGCAUUGAGGAUGAGAUUCUGAUGCAGUUGUCACGCAGUAAUGCUGCCAGAACGCUCAGUCGAAGUGAAGGGCCCAACAUAUGUGUUGUUGAAUUUUCUGUCAACUGGCGUCCUCUAGAAUUUCUUCGGGAACAGGAAUACCAAGAGAGACCUGAAGAAGCGAUUGGAAAGGUGAUUACCCUGACCGGCACGGCAACCGAUGCACAGGCAUUGACUACGGAACAAUACAUCCAACAAACUUGGCCGCUGACUGGAAUUGGCGUCCUUGAAGCGCUGAGAGGUGCUCUUCGCCAGGCUGGGGGCAUGUUUGUAUCCAAACAAUACAAUCUGCAGAAUGGUACCACUGUCCAAGCCAGUCUGACAGAAUCUGCGGUCUGUCUCACUGCUCUUGGGACGCUAGACGCGGUUGCCGAGAUUGGGGAGCAGCUUGCUUGGAUGGGGGCCGCUCUACGUUCCGCACCAGAUGAUUUGGGAGUGGCUUAUUGCUCUCCAUAUAUCCGUGUGGACGUUGGAAUCCCUGCCGAUGGCCAAACCGUUGCGAAGUGCUAUAUUGAGUCUACGUUCGCGAGACACCAAGAUGUGGAACCUAUCCUACCUAACGGCCGGUGCUGGCAUGCUCUAUUCCGCAAUCCGGUCAUUGUCAAAGGCUUCCCUGUGCUAGCCAAACCGGAAGGAGACACUGGGAUUGAAAUGCCUCUCAACAUUGUGGCGGGCUUAUUGGGCGCACGUCGCAUUGACCAAUUCGCCGGCAACAUCUUCAUCAAGAGCUUCUGUGCUAUGCUAUGUGUCACUCGGCUUGUUGCGGAUAUGGUCGUUUGGCAUUUCCUCUUCAAUGAUGAUGGAGAGCACAUUUCAUACACAGACCCUCGCAUCCAAGUGACUACGGAACCAUGGUCCACAAGGAUCGGAAUCCAUUCCCUACAAUCAGCGCGCCACGUUGUUGGUUGGUGUUCGAAAGUAUCCUGCCUUACAGGGUCGCCCACAGCCAAUUACUCGAUAAACUGGUCUCAGCUACAGAGAACGCACCAAGGAUGUGCCUUCGAGAAGGUCACAAUUUCUGGGGGCCAGUUCAUUACCGCGGGCGCUUCAUUCCUAGUUGGGAAGAAGGACAAUCCUGUCUUUAUCAGAGCAAGGGACGACUACUUAUCCCAGUUGAGAUGGAUUUCGAAGAAGUUCGUCAUACUGUAUGAUGUGGCGGAUCGGAGGGCGUGGAUGGUCGAUGGCGUCAGCGCGCUCCUUCACCUUGUCCGCGCAUCUCUUAGGAAUAACCAGGACGACGACUUCGCUGAUCUGUUCCUGUCCGAUGCCAAGGACUUAGUCGAGGCAGGUUCAGAUCGCAUCGGGAAGGCCGCAGCUAUUUCCGUCCUAACCAACAACCAAAACUGGAGCAUUAGGUUACACCAAAGGCCUGAGGACAGCUUCGAGGAGGAGACAACCAAACAAGGGGAAGAUACCGAGAGAAUAACGAAGAAGACGACGACCUUCUACUGCUUUAAGGAUCGAGUGGACCACAUCUACCACGUCCUGGAGCAAAUGAUCGCGUACCAGUCGCAAGUAGACUCCCAAGACGGUAUUGGGUUCAAAGUCAAGGCCAGCUCAAGAAGGCAGUUGGAAGGCUUCGAUUUCAUGGACGUUGCUUCAGACGAGGAUCCUUUGUGGCCCCGUGUUGUGACCCUAGCAUCUACAGGAGCCGGCUGGGUCGACUUCGCCAGAGCUAUGCACGCCGUCACUCUCUUCGGUCGCGGUUUCGGUGAUCUUUUAUCCCCGUCGAGUGAAAUCCAAAUCUGUGCCCAUUGGAAGACGGUGCCCAGAGGUCUUGAUUACCUCACUGUCUGCGUCUCAGACUUGAAAGAGAUCUUGAAGAAGAGAGGCGAUACCCUCAGCAAUCCUUGGAGACUUAUUGACGAUAUCCGCUGGCACAACCCCGAGACGAUAUUCGGGCCAUGCAAACGCUCGAAGAAGCCGAAGAUCUCGAAGUGCUGCGACAGAGUUCAGGUUUUGCUUCCGUCCAGCUUUCCAAGUCUUUGGGCGAGACAGUAUAGGAGCCCGUCGCGACUGGAAGAUUCGGGCGCUGUUAUCUUUGGCCAUAACCGAAAAUUGCCUCUGAGGUGGGGAGAUAGCGGUGACCCAGAAGAAGAGGCCGGGCCUUCAGCAUCAAAUGACACCCCCGCCGCGUCCCCUCCUGAUAGCGGUAUUGGCUCCAGUGUCGGCUCAACACCGUCAAAUGGGGGCAGGAGCCAGCCCCCUACAGCGUCCCCAACCACAGAUGAGGUCUCGCGAAGGAAAACAGGUGGAUGGCUCUUUCGGUCGGGCAGGCGCAAGAAGCAAAAGACCGAGGCCAGCGCUUCUAAGGAUGGAACUAUUCGAAGCUUUGAUGAGAGCUGACCUGCUUGAGCGCGAUAGACAAGACUCUACAUGUUUGAUGCCUAGAUACCUUCAUAGUUCCAGGCACACAUCCGACGACACAGCCCCUAUCUUCUAUUUCUGCGCUCAGUCCACCAUAACCAGAUUUCCCGCCCACGCAAUUCCCGCCCUCACCACUCAAACCUAAAUCCUCAUCCGUCAACUACAAAUAAGGCAUCGUAGGCUGGUUUGAGCGCGCUGGCGAGACUGGCGAUCAGUGAUGCGUUGGGUGAUCGCAGGACGAACCAGGGGUUGCGACAUGUGCGGCCGUCGCAGGAUUUUAUGACGGGGUGAAUAGGGUUGAGGCGAUCGAUUACCCGUGAAGUGGAGUGUGGGAAGGGAGUGAUGCGCGCGAGGAUAUGGAUUUCCCAGAGGUCGGCCUGGGGUUUGGGUUUAGUAUGAGUGGAACUGGUGGGAUAAUGCGGGAGAAUAGGGCAUGUCAAUUAGUG